AUGGCCGAACAAGGCCAGGAGAUCGAUCUCGACUCCAUCAUCGACAGAUUGCUCGAGGUCCGAGGUAACCGACCGGGAAAGCAAGUACAGCUCUUCGAGCAUGAGAUCAAGCACCUCUGCACCCGAGCUCGAGAGAUCUUCAUCAACCAACCCAUCCUACUCGAACUCGAAGCGCCCAUCAAGAUCUGCGGCGAUAUUCAUGGCCAAUAUUACGACCUUCUCCGCCUCUUCGAGUACGGUGGCUUCCCUCCCGAGGCAAACUAUCUCUUCCUGGGAGACUAUGUCGAUCGUGGAAAGCAGUCACUAGAGACAAUCUGCCUCUUGCUCGCUUACAAGAUCAAAUAUCCGGAAAACUUCUUCAUCCUGCGAGGCAAUCACGAAUGCGCGUCCAUCAACCGAAUCUACGGCUUUUAUGACGAAUGCAAGCGGCGCUAUAACAUAAAGCUAUGGAAAACCUUCACAGACUGCUUCAAUUGCCUUCCCAUCGCCGCGAUCAUCGACGAGAAGAUCUUCACCAUGCACGGCGGUCUGAGCCCGGAUUUGCAAAGUAUGGAGCAGAUAAGACGCGUCAUGCGUCCUACAGACGUGCCAGAUACAGGUCUAUUGUGCGACUUGCUGUGGUCCGAUCCCGAUAAAGACAUCACCGGAUGGUCAGAAAACGAUCGAGGCGUCUCCUUCACUUUCGGACCGGACGUCGUGUCCCGCUUCUUACAAAAGCACGAUAUGGACCUCAUCUGUAGAGCGCACCAGGUCGUCGAGGACGGCUACGAGUUCUUUGCAAAACGUCAGCUUGUCACCCUCUUCUCUGCGCCGAAUUAUUGCGGCGAAUUCGACAAUGCGGGCGCGAUGAUGUCGGUCGACGAAACGCUUCUCUGCUCGUUCCAGAUCUUGAAGCCAGCGGAAAAGAAGCAAAAGUUCAGCUAUGGGGGAAUGGGAGCAGGCACCAUAAGUAGCAGAAUCUGCCCAGAGGCGCCGGGCUACCCCUCUGCCCUCCUCGCGCACGAGCCCGAUCGUGCAAUAAAGCCCACUCUCAAGAUCUUGCUGACGACCCCCGUCCUGUCCCGAUGCGAAGGUCAACAAGCCGCUUGCUCAAAUUCGUCUGGCAUGUCCCUCUCGCCACCUCUUAUGACAGUCGAUCUUCCGCUCUGCCGAACACCUGUAUCAGUAUCUCGCCAGCCGCGCAUUUGUGACAAGAGCAAGAAAGACCUCAAAAGGAGAAUAGAGUUCCGCCGAAUGAAGCUAGCCCUUGUCUGCCUCAUCAUCAUUGUAUUUGUCUCGGUGCCCAAGGCUCCAGAGUGCUUCUCCCUAGAUUAUAUCAGGAGCUAG